AUGGUUCUCACCGAAUAUACUUACGUGUUCGCCAUUGGCACAUUCUUCGCCCUGCUAGAUGCAUACAACAACGGUGCUAACGAUGUUGCAAACUCUUGGGCUACCUCUGUCUCAUCAAGGUCUGUCUCAUACCGGCAGGCAAUGAUCUUAGGCACGAUCUUCGAGAUGCUCGGUGCUAUCACCGUCGGAGCCCGUACCGCAGAGACGAUCAAGAACGGAAUCAUUCCCAGUGCUGCAUUCAAGGGCGAUGCUGGUGUUCAAAUGCUCGCCUUCACAUGCGCUCUUGCUGCCGCCUCUUCUUGGGUCAUGUGGUGUACCAGACAUUCAGCUCACGUUUCCUCUACUUACUCGCUGGUCUCCGCGGUUGCCGGUGUUGGUGUUGCUACUGUCGGUGCAUCUCAGGUCCAAUGGGGCUGGAACGACGGUAAAGGUCUCGGUGCCAUCUUCGCUGGACUCGGGAUGGCCCCUGCCAUCGCUGCUUGCUUUGGUGCAGUCAUUUUCAUGCUCAUCAAGCUUACCGUCCUUGUCCGCAAGAAUCCCGUCCCCUGGGCCGUUUACAGCUCGCCCUUCUUCUUCCUGAUUGCUGGUACCAUCUGUACUUUAUCGAUUGUCUACAAGGGCUCUCCCAAUCUCGGUCUGAAGAACAAGCCAACUUGGUACAUCGUUUCCGUCACCAUGGGUUGCGGCUGGGGACUCGCUCUUUUGGCUGCACUCUUCUUCGUCCCCUACGUUCGUGCUAGAGUUCUGAAGAAGGAUGCUUCGGUCAAGGGAUGGAUGUUCAUCUACGGUCCCGCCCUCCUGAACCGCCAAAUCGAAAAUGAUGCUGCAGUGGCUCACGUCCCUGAUUAUGCUGUCGUCCAAGAUGAAGAGGAGGCCGACGAGAAAUCAUCCGUAUACUCGCGCUCCGACAACGACAUGGUCAAAGACCCUGAGGCUACCGAGAAGGCAAUCUCUACCCCCAACAGCCCUCAACUUGUGGGAGCCUCUACUGAGCUUACAUACCAAGAGCUGCAAGCCCGUAGCGACUACCGACUGAAGCAGAGAUUGAUGAAGAUGCGUGGUCCAAUGGGUUGGGCUAUGCGUACCCUCGAGAACAACCCCAAGGGUGCCGGUCAAAUCUACGAAAUUUCGAACAUGAAGAUCUUCUUCAAGCGACUUCCUGCCAUGAUCACUGUCGGUCUCCUCUAUGGCUUCCAUUACGAUAUCCAUGCUGCUCAAUCAGGCAUCACCGGCACACCUGAGGGCUUGAGAAUGCAGCGUGUCUACGCAGCAGCUGAGAAGUACCCUAACGAGGUUGAACAUACAUACUCUUUCGUUCAGGUCCUUACUGCUUGCUGCGCCUCGUUUGCGCACGGUGCCAACGAUAUCGGUAACUCUGUCGGUCCCUGGGCUGUAAUUUACGGUGCCUGGUCCACUGGUAAUGCUGCUAAGUCGAAGGCUACUGUCCCUGUUUGGCAACUCGCUGUCCUAUCUGCCUGCAUCUCCCUCGGUCUGAUUACUUAUGGCUACAACAUCAUGAAGGUUAUGGGUAACAAGAUCACCUACCACUCGCCUUCCAGAGGUUGUUCGAUGGAGAUGGGUGCUGCGAUUACUGUCCUCAUCUUUUCACAAUACUCCCUGCCAGUCUCGACAUCCAUGUGCAUCACUGGUGCCACUGUCGGCGUCGGUCUCUGCAAUGGUACCUUCAAGGCUGUCAACUUCCAGCGCGUCGGUCUACUUCUUUUGAGCUGGAUCAUGACUAUCCCUGUUGCCGGUACCCUUGGUGGUGUGUUGAUGGGUCUGUUCCUCAAUGCUCCUCAUUUCGGCAGCUAG